CCAGCUGGGCGGCAAUGAGAACAAAAGCAUAUAAAAACCGUUUGGAUUAAUGGUUUUUAGAUAUGCGACCGGUCAGAAACUCCUAGGCCUGUAAAAUCGAGUCACGCUUCGGAUUUCAAGUCAAAUCACUUCGGUUCUUUUCAUACGCUGCUGCAGAAGCUUAAGACAUCCCCAAGAAGCGAAUUUUUAUUUUUCAGGCCGAAGAAAGACGAAUUGGAUCUUUUAAACGAAAGCGGAUCUUAUGGGUGGAAAUAGUUAGAUCUUCGGAAGGAGACGAGUUAGCUCAAGAUUUUCUAAUCGAACAUUUCUUGUGGUGAUUUCUUGAAUUUUGAGUUACUGGAUUGGAUUUUUUAUGGGAAAAGGAGGAGGCUGUGUGCCAAGUAAAAAGCGGUUGCCACUAGUUGCUUCCGAUGAUCCUCCACAAACGGCGAGAGAUGCGCCAAUUCCCGUCGAGGACAAGAGCCCGACUACUGAUGCCAGUGCUUCAGUUGAAGAUACGGCACCUCAGCCUGUACAGAAAUUUAAGAUAUUCAUUGUUUUCUAUUCAAUGUAUGGGCAUGUUGAGGGGUUGGCAAAACGGAUGAAGAAAGGGGUGGAUGGGAUUGAAGGUGUCGAAGGGGUCUUGUUUCGUGUCCAGGAAACAUUGCCAGAAGAGGUUCUAGAGCAGAUGAAGGUCCCUCCUAAAGAUGAGGAUAUUCCAGUGAUAUCUGCACAGGAGUUGCCGAUGGCUGAUGGGAUUCUGUUUGGAUUUCCUACAAGGUAUGGAUGCAUGGCUGCGCAAAUGAAGGCUUUUUUCGAUUCUACAGGGCAUUUGUGGAAGGAACAGAAGCUUGCAGGCAAGCCAGCUGGUUUCUUUGUGAGCACUGGUACACAAGGAGGAGGACAAGAAACUACUGCUUGGACAGCAAUCACCCAGUUAGCUCACCAUGGGAUGCUCUUUGUUCCCAUUGGAUAUACUUUUGGAGCCGGGAUGUUCAAAAUGGACUCCAUUAGGGGAGGUUCUCCAUAUGGUGCUGGAGUUUUUGCAGGAGAUGGCACAAGGGAGCCAAGUGAGACAGAGCUGGCGCUUGCAGAACAUCAGGGCAAAUACAUGGCAGCAUUUGUCAAGAGGCUUGGCCGAGCAUGAUGUGUUGACCACACCCUUGUCUCUUUUCUUGUUGAUUAAAAAAUUCAUAUUGUGAUUUUUAUGGAAUUUCAUGUUUUGAAGAGUCUAGACUGAACAUAUACUGCCAUUGAUUUGAUACUUUCCUUUUUUUUUUUUUUUUUUACUUUUGUGUGCCAUUGUUUGUUGAGAAAGUUGUAUAUGGUUGAAGGACUUUUUCCCCGUUUCAUUACAUUUUUAAUAAUAAUGAAGUUGUUGGAUGUGUUCGUUUGUGUACA